UUCCGUAUCGCUCUCCCUUCUCAAUCUCUGUACCUCUAUCCCUCCCUGCUCUCUCCGCUGGUGGAUUUUAGCCCACUGCUGUGUGGAACACCGCCAAAAUGUCUGACAAGCCCGACAUGACUGAGAUUGCCCGUUUCGACAAGACAAAGCUGAAGAAGACAGAGACAAAAGAAAAAAACCCUCUGCCCACCAAAGAGACCAUCGAGCAGGAGAGGAAAGGCGAUGCCACACCUUGACUUUUGAGCACAUGAAGAAAAGAAGCUGAGAUGCCACAGCAAAAAGCACUUUCUUUUGAUUAUCACAGUAUUUGAAUCUCUUGAUUUGUCUUCAGAAAAGGGUGCUCUUGAGCUCCCUGGGGGUGCUAUAAGGGUAUAUGGCAUCCUCACAUGGGGGCUCUCUUACCACAUCGGGUGAAAAACGUUAGCCUGGGUGCCUGUC